AUGGCCUUCCACAUACUGCAUACACUCAAACAUGGAGCUGAAUUACCGAAAGAAGUCGUCAACUACAUGUAUUCUUCAGGAGGAUUUGUGAUUUUGAAGGACUUCCCAGAAGGACAUGAGUUUGGUAUUGACUACAAAUCAUGGACUGUUGGUCCUAAAUUUAUGGGUCUGAAAAUGAUACCAGCUGGUGUUCAUUUUGUGUAUUGCAGUGUAAAAGGAGCUCCAAGAAUAGGCUUCUUUCACAAUUUCAAGUCUGAAGAAAUUGUAGCGAAGAAGUGGGAUAAAGUGAAAGAGACGUUCUCCGAUGAAGUUUUGUCCGAUGAGGAGGUUAGUAGACUAAGAGCGAAUUUGAAAAAUAUUGACUCCCAUUUGGGUCCGUAUCCUUUCGAGAAUUAUCGCAGUUGGUAUGCACUUACAGAUUUUAUCACAGGAGAGACAGUAGAGAGGUUGAACCCAUUGAAAGGCCAGAUAUCUGCCCAAGCUGAGCUUGUCAGCAUGGAGACGUGCUUGAUGGAGAACGAGGAGCUCAAUGCAACUGUUGGAUGCAGCAAUAGUGUUGAUCGGGAACAUCCUACUCGCACACGGUUCGUGGAUCAGCAAGGAUUGCCAAUAAUGAAAAUAAGGGAAGGAUAUGAAAUACGAUUCAUUGGUAUACCUCAACUAAACGUGGAUGAAAACCGCGUUGGAAUUGACUACACUGAUCGAUUAGAACGUGUCAUACGACAGUUGAAUGGUGACUGGAAGCAACUGUUAGCUGAAGUUCAGUUCGCAUUCGCCUGUUUUCUGAUUGGUCAGGUUUUAUUUUUCGAAUUGAAAGAAUGUCCUACAGAUUUUUUCGUUGACAUAGUAUCACGGGAUAACUUUCUCACUACGACUUUAUCGAUGUUAUUUGCGAAUAUCAGAGAUUCCGAUAUUGCUUCAGCGGAAUUGAAAAAGAAGUCGAUGCAGUUCAAAACGUACCUUACGAAAGAAUUCAAAUGGGACUUUGAAUGCGACUGA